AUGUCUUCACUCACAACAAACCAGACAAGACUCCUUUACAUCGGUCUCGCAGCCGCUGCUGUCGGAGUCGUCGCCUACACAGUUUGGGGAACAGAUGCCGCCAAAUCCCUCCCAUCUAGCACGUCCACGAGCAGCAAGGGUACAACUUCAUCCGGCUACAAAGCUCCAAAGCCACAAUCCGCUGCCUAUACACCAAGCGGCGAUGCCCAAACAUGGUCUGUAGAGGACAUGAAGAAGUUUUUGAGCUCUCGCAAUAUGGGAGUUGGCCACAACCCAUCUAGGGAAGAGCUUCUCGCCAUGGUUGAAUCAAAGCUCCACGAGCCUACGAGCACAGGUUUCGAUGAUCCAACUGAAUGGUCAGCGGAGGAGAUGAGACAAUGGCUCAAGGACAACAAGAUGGACCCUGGCCCUCAUGCCACGAGAAUGGAGCUGUUGGCUAUGGUGGAGAGCAAGAUGCAUGAGCCGAAAUGA